UUUAAAGCGUCCGUCCUCCCCGCCUGGCAGAGCGGAGAGCCCAGAGUCAUCCGAACCGGGACCGACGCGUGUGAGGCGGGCUGCAGCGGAACCACUCAGCCGUCCGGAGGUCUGAGGUGGGCGGAGACUGAGCGGAGGUCCUGCCGUCCUGCAGCCACAGACGCAGCGCGCAUUUCGGACACCGAGGAGGAGGAGGCAUCAUGGCAACGACUACUUGCACGCGUUUUACGGAUGAAUACCAGCUGUAUGAGGAGCUUGGCAAGGGGGCCUUUUCAGUGGUGCGCCGCUGUGUCAAACUCUGCACAGGCCAAGAAUAUGCCGCCAAAAUCAUCAACACCAAAAAGCUCUCGGCCAGAGAUCAUCAGAAACUGGAGAGAGAAGCCAGGAUCUGCAGAUUGCUCAAACACUCCAACAUUGUUCGUCUCCAUGACAGUAUCUCCGAGGAAGGUUUCCACUAUCUCCUCUUUGACCUGGUGACAGGAGGAGAGCUGUUCGAGGACAUUGUGGCCAGGGAGUACUACAGUGAAGCAGAUGCCAGUCACUGUAUCCAUCAGAUUCUAGACAGUGUGUCUUACACCCACCAACAUGACAUAGUGCACAGGGACCUCAAGCCGGAGAACCUGCUGCUGGCCAGCAAGUGCAAGAACGCAGCUGUGAAACUGGCCGACUUUGGACUGGCUAUUGAAGUUCAAGGAGACCAGCAGGCUUGGUUUGGAUUUGCAGGGACUCCCGGCUACUUGUCCCCAGAGGUGCUGAGGAAGGAGGCAUAUGGUAAACCUGUAGACAUCUGGGCAUGUGGUGUGAUCCUCUACAUCCUUUUGGUUGGGUACCCUCCAUUCUGGGACGAGGACCAGCACAAACUCUACCAGCAGAUCAAAGCUGGGGCGUACGAUUUUCCCUCCCCAGAGUGGGACACUGUGACUCCAGAGGCUAAAAAUCUGAUCAACCAGAUGUUGACGAUCAACCCAGCCAAGAGAAUCACUGCCCAGGAGGCUCUGAAACACCCAUGGGUCUGCCAACGCUCAACAGUGGCUUCUAUGAUGCACAGACAGGAGACAGUUGAGUGCCUGAAGAAGUUCAACGCCAGAAGGAAACUCAAGGGUGCCAUUUUGACCACCAUGCUUGUGUCCAGGAACUUCUCUGUGGGUCGACAGACUACAGCCCCUGCCUCUGUCAGCGCUGUGGCAGGAACCACUGCCGGCAUCGUGGAACAAGCCAAGAGUCUCCUCAACAAGAAGGCUGAUGUCAAGCCGCAGACAAACAGCACGAGAAACAGCAUAGUCACCAGUCCCAAAGGCAACAUCCCCUCUGCUGCGCUGGAGCCUCAGACUACUGUUAUCCAUAAUCCAGUAGAUGGGACCAAGGAGUCUUCUGACAGCAGCAACACUACUAUCGAGGAUGAAGAUGUGAAAGCCCGGAAACAGGAGAUCAUAAAGAUCACAGAGCAGCUUAUCGAAGCCGUCAACAAUGGAGACUUCGAGGCUUACGCGAAGAUCUGUGACCCUGGCCUGACCUCGUUUGAGCCUGAGGGUCUGGGUAACCUGGUGGAGGGAAUGGACUUCCACAGGUUUUACUUUGACAAUCUCCUCUCAAAGAACAGCAAACCCAUCCACACCACCAUACUCAACCCUCACGUGCACAUAAUUGGAGACGACGCCGCCUGCAUCGCCUACAUCCGCCUGACGCAGUUUGUGGACGGACAGGGCCGUCCCCGCUCCAGCCAAUCAGAAGAGACUAGGGUAUGGCACCGCAGGGAGAGUCGGUGGCAGAACGUCCACUUCCACUGCUCAGGAGCUCCUGCUGCCCCGAUGCAGGGUUGAGCUGUUGGAGGAGCAGAAAAGGAACGAGUGGAUGAUCCAGGAGACGGAACCGGCGCUGAGAGAGAGGCGCGGGUGGAUGGAGGGUGGUCAAAAGGAUUCUGGGAUGGUGUCGUCCUGCCUCACUCGCUCACACUCACCUCGCUCUUCUCUCUCUGACUCCCAUCGCCAAACCCUCACUACAGCAGAGGGAAUAUCAGCUACAGCAAGAAAACUCUUUUAGCCUGUGUCUCCUGUGUGGCUGCUGCAGCACAUCUGGACACAUCUGUCCUCCAUCCUGUGCUGCACAGCCUCAGUGUGGCACCUCCCUGUCGAAGAGUCACCCUUUUACUUCUCCUUAAACAUAACGUUAUUGUUCCUUACUUCUAGUAUUAUUAUGGCUGCAGUCUAUCGUUGUGCUCUUUAAAGUGUACAGUAUAUUUAUUACCCCUUCUACUCCUUUCUUCCUCUUCUUUUUUAUGACGAGCAUGACCUGUACUACUACCCGUGGCUGUUUUUCUGCACGACUAAGGCUGCCUGUGUGAAAUGAACAAACUGCCCCACGUGUCUCACAGACAGAGACCAGCGGGUGUAUUUAAUUAUGCAUUUUGUUUUGUUGUUCAAUGGAGCUUUUAUUUAUUUUUUUGUUGUUUUUACCUCUUUCUCUGGAGUGUAGUUGACCCCUGAACCGACGCCUCCGUGUGAUGCUGGACCCCUCCGAGCCGCUCUGUGAGACAGUGAAAACCAUGCAGCAUGCUAAGAUAUUACUGUCGUUCUUAACUGAUUCUCUAUGUACUGAACCUUGCAAGUUAACUACUGAAAUGGUUGAAAUUAUAGUAUCCCGCUGUUCAUGUAAAUUUCCAGUUUUGUCGUGGUGACUUAACUACAAUUAUGCUGUAGACGGUAUUUAAUUGCAUGAUAUUCCAGGUUAAUACUUCGGUAAGUUGGGUGUUAUCGUGCAUUUUGUUGGUUUUUCUCUUUUUUUUGGACUGAACUGCUGGUGAGCUACAAUCUGUUGCCUCUAUUUUCUGGGCUUUGUCAGUGCAUAAACUAUUUUUGUGUUGAUAUGACAGUGUAGUAUACGAGGAUGCUGAUGAGAAUCAUGACAGACUAUGCCUUUUCAAGGAAUAAUUUAGGCUCCAGAUCAGAUUUAAAACAGUGCUUUACUGUUUCAAAGUCAAGACUUCAGUUGAUCACUUUUAUUUUUUUUAGAUUCCAAAAAGACCUGACAUUAAAAAAAAUGUCAGAGCACUGGGUUGGGGUUUAGAUUUUUUAUUUGUUUUUGCAUCUCAAUAUGAAACUUUUAAGACUUAAAGAUGCUUUUUAUGUUAUAAAUGCUAAACAAAGCAUUGGUAUCAGAUACGUGCAGCCAAGAUUUUAGAAACACUAAGGUCAUAAGUCAUACGACACUCUCAGUAUGCCGGUAUUGAAGGUAAAUGUAAUAAAUUAAAUACAGAUGCCAUGCCAGUAAUACAGAGAUGAUGAAUAAUAUAGCACCAGUAGCUGUCUGGAUAGGCUGAAACAUAAAAACAACAUUCUCAUACAGGUAUGUAAUCACAAUAUUGUCAUUAUCAUGAAUUAUUUUAGCUUUCAUGGUCAUCUAGUGAUUGAUUGAAUGAUAAACUUUAUUGUCCCUUUCAGAAAAUUUGUCUUAGACAGCAGUGCUACUGGCUACAAGUGAAUAUCUGAUAUCGUGACAACCCUUGUUCAAAAGCAUCUUAACAGCAAAAGUACUCUCAUUUUAUUUAUUUACCUUAAUUUUAUUGUCUGUUUAGGCCUCUGUCCCAGUAAAACCACAUAUUUACCUAUCUUUUUUCAGUUUUUUUUUUCCAUUUUUCAUGCAUUCUAAUAACUAUCAUUUAGCCAGUGAGAAGUAAGCUAGUUAUAUCAACCAACAGAAGAACCCUUAAAGAUGCCAAGUCAAAACAAUGACUUAACAAAUAUCUACUUGAGCUAUGACAAAAUGUUCGAAUAAAGUUUUUUCAAUCACCUCAUACAAACUCAAGUUGCUUGUUCACAAAAUCUAAUUAUUGGAAAGUAAAUCAGAAUUAGGAGUUACUAAGUCAGGACAGACUUUGUCACAAUCAUGAGGUAUUCAGUUAAAAUUAUUGGAAAUUAUGCCAAAAUUAUAAAUUAAUAUGUCAAGAUUAUGACAUAGUAAGUCACAGUUAUCUGAAAGUAAAUCUGAACUAGAAAAGCACUCACAGAGUGCAGUACUUCACCAAGUCUGUAUCAUUUCCAAAAGAUGAAAUCUUUCAAAAAUUUGUGGAUCCAGACUAUAGGCCACACCACUGCCAAAAUCCAAUCAAUUGGUCCUUGUGUCAUUUCUGACUUUCCCUGAAAAUUUUGUCAAAUUCCGUUAUUCUGUUUUUGAGUAAUGUUGCGAACAGAGACAGACAGACAGACAGACCAACAGCAAUCAUCACAUAACUCUGCUGAGGCUCUGCCUCCAUGGUGGAGUAACUAGGAGUUACUAAGUCAGUCAUGAUAUAGUUGAUCACAUCUGAAUUGUCGUUGCCAAUUGUUGGAUUUUUAGUUGGAAAUUUCAAAAACAGGGCUUAGGGAUUUAACAAGUUAAUCAACAGUUUCCUUAGAAAACAGUGUUAAACGCACAUUACUACAAGAAGGAUUUUUUUAAUAUUUCGUAAAACAUCUAUGUGUGAUAUGAAAAAUUGGAGAUGCAGGGUGUUGGCUAAACAAUGACUCUGCAAAAGUCUGCUAAGAAAACAAACAUGUUUUAUUUAGUGUAUUUAGGUAUAAAAAAUUACUGAAAUUAACCAGUAAUGUAUUCACUUACAGCAAACAGAAUGUAAACACCUCCAGAAAAAUACUCAGGACGUGACCUCAGUGUCUUUAAAGUUCGCUGCUGCCCUGAGUAGUGUAACCUCUCCUCAGCUGAGAACUGCAACUGCAGGGUUUGAAACGCAAAUAUCAGAGCUGACUUUUGCACUUGGAGUCUGAGAAAAUUUAAAAAAAAAAAACGAAUACAUAUGAUCGUCUCAGGCCUUAGGCCGCUUCAUUUCAAUCAGCUUUCACAGUUUUUCUGAUUGCUGUGGCUCAAUUUUUUUCAACAGUGUGCAAAACAGAAAUGCUACAGCUCCAAUGCAGCACACAACAUAUAAUGAACAAAAUUUUGAUGUUUGAUUCCUAAUUUAAGUCAUUUUGAAUCAAAAAUCUGCCUCUUUAACGUGAGUGUUUGCUCCUUUCCUCUAUUUCAUUCGUAUCAGUCACACAAAACUCUCUGUCUACUUGUGAUGGAUAUCUUGUUACUACUUUCUGUCAUUGUAAACACUUCAUCUGCAAAUUAGAAUGAUAGUAACUUGCAACAUUGCAAAAACUCACCAGUUAAACAGACUUGGCUGUCAGUUAAACAGAAAAAAGUGAUCAUAAAAGCUUUGCAGAAAUCUAAUUUAAAAACAGUAGCAGUAAAAUCACAGAGAAACAAUAAGUAAAAACAGAGAAGGUACUAAGGAACUAAGUAGAACUGCUGUUUGUCUUUUGAAUCCAUUGACAUAGAUAUUUAGAAGCCAUGUCUGUCCAAUCAAACCUUACAUAUCUCCAUCAAUUUAAAGUGUAAUUGUGGAAAAAUAACAGGCAAUUUCUAUACAUUUGAAUUGUAUGACCAUAUUGACAAAGUAGUAAGCACUUACGCUUGAAUAAAUAAGAAAUACUUCUUAACUCAUGUUACUAUGGUUAGUUUUGCAUGUCAACAAACAGCAGAAUUAAAGUAUAUAGACAUAAAACCUGUUAAGACUGGGGAAAUUAAUUUUGAAUAAAAGUUUUUUUUUAAAGAAGUACACAUUCUAAGAAAAGGGAAAAAGGAUAUAAAUUUGAGUGUUUUGCAUUUUGUGUGUAAGGAUGGGAUUUUGUGACUGAAGGUGGGAAGUUAGCGAGUCAGUUGAGUUCUUUUGCAGAUUAAAACUGGGCCAGAGUAGUCGUAAAACAGUCAAAUUACAUUAACAAACACGAGGAAGUGAAUUAUUAGUACACACACUUUGUAGGUUGUGUACUUUUUAAAACCUUCAAAUAGGGCAUUAGGUUAGAAGCAUGAGUCCUCCUUCCCGUCCAGGCCAAACACUAAUAGUACCAGUCCUUUAAUCAGAUUAGCGCUCACUCAGUCACCGUCCUGUUUGGAAACCGCUCCUUCUUCCAUUAAUUAGUAUUUGGCCGGUGUGUAAUGUUUAAGAUGCGACUGAAAAGGCUGUUUGAGCUGACGUGAAGGAGCCCCAUCAUUUCUUUUCCUCUGUUCAGGUGAGCGAUCAGACAUGACUGCUGUAUGUAAAAUGAAGCUUUUUUGUUUUGUUUGUAUUUUUUUAUUUAUUAUACUUCUACUGACGAUGAUGAUUAUCAAUAUUACAAUGUGAUCAGAUGUAAUCAGUGUGUGAACCAAUAAACUGACAAUGCAGAGUGCACCUUA